AUGCACCUUACUGAGUCUCUCCUUGCGACGGGCAAGGUAAACCUUCAGGCAUAUACCCCGGCGACCUCAAUUGCACCUGAUUCAAAUGGCGGGUAUGUGAUUGAGACUCCACGGGGAAAGAUGCACGCGGACAACGUCAUCCAUGCGAAUAAUGCCUACGUCGCAGGCCUCCUCCCAGAGUAUGAGAAAAACAUUAUUCCCUGCAAGGGUAUUUGCUGUCGAAUUACGGUGCCAGAGGGAACAACAGCACCCCUUCUUAACAACUCCUACAUCAACCGAACAGAAGACAACACUCUAUCAUACUUGAUCCCGCGAGCCGACGGCAGUAUCAUUGUCGGUGGCGCCGCCGCGAAGUUCCGGCCAUUCCGGGAGCAAUGGUACAACAACGUGAACGAUAGUGUUCUCAUCGAUUCGGCAAAGGACUAUUAUACAGACUAUAUGCAACGGACGUAUCGUGGGUGGGAGAACUCCGGGGCUAAAGUGGACAAGAUUUGGACUGGAGUUAUGGGCUACUCCUAUGACUCGAAUCCUCACGUUGGUGAAGUGCCUGCCAAGGAUGGCCAGUUUAUUAUCGCUGGGUUUAAUGGCCAUGGUAUGCCGGUCAUCUGGUUGGCGGCUAAGGAGCUGGCAAAGAUGGUUGCGCAGGGAACAUCGUUCGAGGAGACGACUAUGCCGAGGUUAUUCAAGACGACACAACUCCGUAUUGACCGGGCAAAGAAUGGGAGCGAAGAGGAUGGUGAUAUUUUAGGAACUGGUAAUUUCCCGGCGACGAAACAGUAG